GGAUCAUAGAAGAAAAUAGAAAUUUAAUUUUGCAUUACACAAGAGGGAUUUUAAGGGGUUUCUUCAGCAGUGUUUUCAGCGUGUUUAUGCGCGCGUUUGGAUUGGAAGCGGGGAUCAAGUGUCAUUUUUCUUUUCUAAGCACCCGCAUACUUAUCUGACCACUUUUGCAUUUCGCUCAAGAACAAUGGUGUUUAUGGUCUCCCGCGUGAAUUGUAAUCAGUCUGAAUGGUCGGGCCACACAGGUACACGGCUCGUAAAAGAUUAUGUUGUUCACUAUCGAUGACAAACUCACGGUCGUGAGGUCGUUAAAUUUGUGAGUUAAAUUACGAUCGCGCGACGGCGAAAACGAUUUAGCUGUCGGCUAAAGUAUCAAUAGUCCUGGACGAAAUCACACGUUUGAUUAAAUAAGAUAUUCCUCUUUUAAAAAUAAAUAAAGAAAGACUGGAGAUAUACUGAGAGAUCCCUCACGCUAGAUCCCUCACGUGAGAAAGAAGAGUCGGAGAAAAGAAAUGUUUGCUCUUGUUCCCGCUGAAUGGUGCAAGAUUGUGAUAUCGUUAUCGAAUGCAAUAUCAUAAAAUCAUCGGGAGAACGCGCGACUCGCUUCAGUUUCGCUGCAACACGAUGAUGAUCAGCUUCAUCGUGAUUCUGUCGUUCGCUACUAGAGCGAUCUCCUCCUUAGCGGUGCAGGGAUCGUUAUCAACGCUCGAAGACGAAACAGUGUCAAUUAAUCUUUAUGCGAAUAAAUCCGACUAUGGUGUUGGCGAAUUGCUUAAAAAAUUGCACGCGGUAACGCAGAUUCGUCUGGCGAUAGAUCUCGAUGGGAAAAUCAUUAAUAUUCAACAGGCGUGGCAGAAUAUUAAUGACGGAGUUAGUCACUACCAAAAUUAUUUCGUGAUGAGCUUCAAUUCAAAAGUGACAACUUCGACAAACGUCGUCGAGCCUGAAAUGCCAAGUCACGCGAUAAAUGCUGCGUUAUUAAAGAGAUCUGACUCAACAGAUAAAAAAAUUAAAAAAACUGUGCUGAAAGAGGUUAUUUGCAAGAUUUUACGCAACGAUGUUUUCGCAGGAAGCAUAAUUUCUCGCGCCUGCAACAUAAAUCUGACAUCGAUAGAUGAGAUGAACAAAAGUAAUUUGAACAGAAAUCGCGAUAAAACACUUUUGAAAUACAACGCUGCAAACGGAAAUGAAAUUUCGACGAAAGCAGAAGUACAAUUUUUGAGUCAUUCUACAUCAAUGCCGUCAGACAUUGGCAAUAGUAUUAAUGUCAAGGAGAAUACUACUACUAUUACUAAGAUAUUUCCUCUUGAUAGAGACCCCGAAAUAAAUGUGGCUACAAAUCAAGUUAAUAGCAAGAACAUACCGUUUCUCGUGUCGAAAGAAACAGAACAGCUCAAAGCUAAAAAAAGUUAUUUUAUGGAGCAAGAAACGGUUUCAAAACAGAAAGGUGUCGGAAAAAAGACAUUCGGGACUGUUUUAUCUUCGACGAAUGACCUUGAAAGCCGGUUUAAUAUGUCAAAGAAUAUUUUAGCUUUUACGUCAGACAAAAAUAUAACAACUUCUGUAGCAACUGAAAAAGCUCAUACGAAUGCGAAUGCGUCACAUGUGUUAUCGCACGAGAAUGUCGCAAAAACUCCAAGGAUUUUCUCUCGCAGGACAUUCCAAGUACUCGUUCCUUGGAAUAAGGAUCAGCAUAUGCAAAAUCAGCUCCAUGUCUUGAAGAAGAAUAUUGCAGUUGAGCACUAUAGCGAUAAUAUAACGGCAGAAGCGACGAAAAGAGACGGGACGUCAGCGAUAAAUGAAAUAUUGGAAGCGGUGGAUCAAGUCUUGCCACAGGAAGAGUCCUCCAUGGAGGAGGUGCCGUCGAAAGGAUCGAAGGUGAUCUCCAGAGCGUUUUGAUAUCAAAUGGUUCGAGGAAGAUGCACGGAGUGCUUUGGUCGAUCUUUUCUAAUAAGCACGUUCUUCAUGAAAUAAUUUUAAACACACGCACAAUGAUUGGUAUACAUCGUAGAACACAAUUCAAAAAUUUACCGUAGAUGGAUAAUCGAAAGGAUUUCCCCUUCUUAUGCGGACGUUCAUACGAGGCGAAAACUGUGUGUGCUUAUUGUGCAAUGUAUUAUGUAAUUGGCUGCAAUUUGAGCGAUCGGUGAAUGUUCGUAGAAAAUUGCGUGACGACAGUCUCAGGUCGUUCGCACGAACGAAGGAUAAAGCAAUCAGCAUUGGGUCGCUGGAAAAGGCUUGUUUCGUGUUUGUUGGAUAAAGGUGGAAACGCCGCUGCACGGUAUCCGAACGUGGGUCGGUUAAGAUGAAAUAAGAAAAUUAUAAAUAAAAUCAUUCGCGCGGAAAUGGCUGAGGUGCAAUUUUUUCUGUAAUUGACGGCCUAUACGACAAUUUCCAUUGGUUGCGAGAACAUCUCCUAUCUAUCUAUAAUUAUUAUCUAUUUAUAAGUAUAUCUAUUUAUAAGUAUAGCGGCUACUCACAUGGAACCUCUGGAUACCGUCAUGUUCAGGCCAUUGAGCACUAAUUUCGUAGACUCGUAAUGCUUUACAGCGUUCCUCACGACGAUAGCCUCCUGUUGCACCAUCUCGCGAAACGGAGAGGACUGUUCGCUCAGCGACGAAACUGCGACAGAAAUUGUUCCAGCCCCGUUUAAUUCGAAAUAACGUACUCAAACGGAUUGGUCUGUGCAACUUGUGUGACAAAAAAUCCUUCCCACCCGUGCAGUGAUCCUUCCUUUUCUGAAUUCAACGUGCUUUUAAUACACCACGAUUUUGCAAAUAAUUGAGUGAGUAAAUUAAUGAGUAAACAUGAA